GGAAAAAUUAACCCCACGUCAAACUAAAUUGAAUUGCAACAAACAUUGGCGUCCACGGACGUUGCUGCGAAAUUCGGCAAUGGCGAACAGCUGGUCUCUGAUUUUUCCAAUUUACUGCCAAUUUUCUCAUUUUUACGGCGAUCAAGGAAGGAGCCAAUUUUCUGUCCUAAAUUGAUUUUCUUAAAAUCUGGAUCAUGUCAAUUAUGUUAUUGCAGGGUUUCCUUAACAUUUUGCGGCAAUUUUCCCGGAAGAAGCCUUAUUUAUCUGUCUAGAAAAUUCAGCCAUUGUUGUUUUCUUUGGAGCUUUCAAAUCUCGGCCAAAUUAUUCCUCAUCGCAUGGUUUUUUCGCCGUAAUGUGGGCUUCUGAGGCGGCAUUUCCAUCCUUUUCAAUUGAUGCUUAUGAUUUUAGGACGGGAAUUUGAGGUGUUUGUCUAUGUGGAGGAAUUUGAAUUUGAUUUGACGCAUUGUUGGUACGUAUAGUAGAGAUUUGGAAUUGCAUUGUGGGCAGCGUGGAAUCCAGUUAAAUUUACUCCGUGUUUAAAGGAUUCAGCUGUGUUGUUUCCAGGCAAUCUACGUUGAUCCAUGCUGCUUGAGUAGUGGUUUACAUGAAUUUAUCGCUCAUGAGCAUUGUCAAAAGACCAAUUUUUAUGCGAUUCAAAUGAUCUGUUUCAACAUGGUUGGUCUCUGAUUAUUAUUGAAAAUAAAUGAUUGCUAAUCAAGAGAGCAGAAGUCAAAAGGAUAAAUGCAUUUUGAAGAUAAACGUAGAGAUAAAGGUGGAUGUGGAAGUCCUAGCUCCAAAAUUCAGUUCUGGUUAUUAGGUCUUCUACUGGGUUUUGGGAUUAAUGAGUAUCAUUGCUCUACUUUGUGACGACGGAAGAAUUGAAAGAGUUGAAUCUGUAUUCCUGUAUAUGACACAAGACAGGAAGGUCCAUGGAGAGUUGUUUAUGAUUUAGAAGCCGUAUUUGUUAAUUUCGUUCUACAAGAAAUUUGUUUUUAUUGUCUGGUUCUUUGUGAUAUAAUCUGCAGCUGGGACUUUCGCUGCUAUCAGGAAAAGGGUGCCAACCGGCAUUGCAUGAACAUUGAAUCAUUUCUUAUAUUGGGGACUUGUUACAUCUAGAAAAGUGAAGCAUGGGUUCUUUCUGUUGCUGUUUAAAUCAGGAAGACUUUGAAGAAUACACUGGUUAUCCAAAUGGACGUAUGCUACAGCAUUGUUAUUGUCUCAGCUUUUGUGUCCCCUGGUUACUCAACAUGUAUUCAUCAGUUUUUUAUAGAGUUGAAGGUAAUAGUGUUUCUUCAUCUAUUCAAGGAGUCCCUUCAUCGUCAGCUGGAUUCCUAGGUGUCACUUCACCUGACAGUUCCCCACCUGAUACAUAUCGGGCUCCUCCAAGGCCCUUGCCCUAUGAUACAGAUCCCAGGUAUCUCCGUUUACAGCGUGAUGGUUUGGUUUCACGACGUGACAAGACUGGUAGCCAUUUGCAUGGAGAGUCUGAGCCCCUUAGACGAACCAAUAAUGAUGAAGAUGGUGAACCCUUGACAACCUUGCAGAGUUGGAAUGAGGCAGAUUAUGAGGAUCAAGGCCAACCUGAAUCACCUGGAAAACGACAGACAUUAAAAGCAAUGAUGAGAAUUGAAUCUAGCCUAUCUCUCCUGGGAGAUGAAGAUGUCUGCCCCACUUGUCUUGAUGGCUAUAAUAUUGAAAAUCCAAAAAUUCCCACACAAUGUGGGCACCAUUUCCAUCUUGGCUGUAUAUAUGAAUGGAUGGAAAGAAGCAAAAACUGUCCAGUCUGUGAUAAGGAAAUGGUGUUUAGUGAAAGUCCUUGACAAGCAUUUUCCUAGAUUUCUCUUUAACUGAAUAAAUUGCAGUUCACAUUCUGAAUAUCUUCUUCAAAGUUCGUUCUAGUCAUCAUGGAUUCUAAUAUCAUUGGCCAUACCUAUUAUGGCUGCAUUAUUCCAUAAUUGUUGGUCAGUUACAGGAUUGUUAACUACUCAUUAAUAAGUUUGAAGAUCAAGAGAUGUACAUAAUAUUAUGUAGAGGAGGAAACUUACACAGUUUCUAUUUAGAGAGAUCUACUUUCGUGUAUAUUUGUUGUGGCUUUUGGCCAUUGGAAUUUUUUAAAGCAACAAUUACAGACUAAAAUUCUUAUAAAAUAAAAUUAUUUCCUCGUUUUUCUUU